AUGUUGAUGAAGGCGAUAACAGGAGCCUCCACAGAGGCUGGGGUCUCUGCGACGCGGCGGCUCUGGUUUCUCUGCAGGCGCCUGUCGGGAGUCUCGUCGACGCCGGGACAGGCGCCAUCUCCGUCGCCGGCGCCACCGGGUCCACGGCGGUUCGUGGCGCUGUGGGGGAAUGGCGAUUAUGGGAGGUUGGGACUCGGCAACCUGGCCUCCCAGUGGAGGCCCACCGUCUCCCCGUUCUUCUCUAAGGACGACGACCUCGUCGUCUCCGUCGCGUGCGGUGGGGCUCACACCCUCUUCCUGACCGGUAAAUCCUCGCCUCUCCUUGGCCAUCCAAUCUUGCGUCAAUUCAUUUUGCUUCCUCUUGAACCACAUCCUCCUCAGUUUUAACGUGGAAAUCGGGGAGGAGAAGGUGAGAACUACGCUGUACUAGUGGCCGUUGAACCUGAAUUUCCUUCUCUACAGAGAAAAGAGCGUUCGACCGGCGAUUUUUGUUUUUGCCCGAAGUCGCUGUAGAUGGAGUUGGUCUGGGUUUAGUUCUCGGGUUCCGGUGGAUCAGUUUCAAUGGAUAAGGAGCAAGUUUUUCCUCUAUAAUUACCAAAUUGAUGUUCGAAACUAAUCUUCAGUGGUGGUUCAUGUGGAUUGUGAGUGCUGAUUUAUGUAAGGUUGUCGAGUUUAAUGAGUGUUAUUCUCAAAAGGGAUACAUUUAGGAGAAGAUACGAAUGAGUUAAUUAACAGUCCUUGAGAAAAUCAUGUCUUAAUGCCUUGGACCAGACACAUAUGGUUUCUGAUAUACGGAUAUAAACAAACUGUUAGUGUUACUUUGGGGAAAUAGUGUUAAAUUUUUUCUAUUAGCUGCAUAGUAUGCCGCGUUUGAACUUUGGAUCAAUGAUAAAGUUGACUGAGAAUUAUCGGAUUGGUAUGAUUUUCAAUGGUUUUCCCUUCUCAUAGAUCCUUUUAAUUCUUGGAAUUGUGGAGCGUCCUCUUCUUGGACAUCUUUGAGUGGGGUUAUCUGCAGCCAUAUGUUCUUGCUUAAUUUCUAUUCGGUAAUUGUCAUGUGGAGCAGAACCUAGCCUUGAGAGUGAAUAUUCCAAUUUCCCUCGUGGUAAUUGGACAAGGAAAUAAAACAGUCUGUUUCCGUGGGAUAACAUAUAAUUCGUUUUUUUACUUAAAUAAAAUACCUACAAGUAAUUUCCACUUGUCAUUGGGAAAAAAAGUAGUGAGACCACGUCAUGUGCUUUAAUGGUCAAAAAAUAAUGUUACAUGCUCUCUUUUCCUACAUCAAACGCCAUUAUAUGAAUAAUGUUAAGUCUCACGAGGAGGUUAGCCAAGUGUGAUUGUCAUGCAAAUUUCGAUAAAAGAAUCGUGUAGAAGGUCAUUAGAUAAUCUUUUUGUAUAACCGAGUGGUAUGUCUAUAGUUUCAUUAUUUUUCACUCGAUUAUUCCUAUACUUAUUCGAUGAUACUAUAACCUCCUCGUGAGACUUAACAUUUAUUUACCAUCUGAUCGUGAUCUCUCAGUAGAAUUUAAUCCAGAAGUCAUUAAUAAUAUUUUUAUCAUCAGCUGUAAGUUCUCUUUCAAGAGUUUUAGAGUGAGUAUUAAAAUAUGUAUCAUUCACCUUCUCCUUUAAAUUCAUAUUGUAUUUAUAUGAAUUAUUAAGCUGAAUUGACAUGCAUCCCCUGUUUAGGAUUUAGUUACUUCUUUCAAAUAAAUGUGUAGAACAGGCACCUACUUCUCAUCAUUGUGACUUACAUUAUCUCCUUAUAUUAAACUGUUGCUCAUCCUAUACUUAAAGAAAAUGGGGCUUCUAUUACUCAAGCAAUGUUUUCUAUAGAGUGUCUGUUUGAGAGCUCAUUGGAGUUACACUUGUACAUCCGCUGGUUCUUUUCAACUUAAAUAUGAUACUACUCACUUAGAAACAAUUAUGUUAAUGAAUUUUUCCACUUAUAAUUUCCUGGACAGAGAAAGGGCAUGUUUAUGCAACCGGUCUAAACAAUUUUGGACAAUUGGGGAUUAUGAUUGGUGCUACUCACUCACUGGUAUGUAGCUAGUUUUUUUGUUUCCGUAAGUUAUAUAUAUGCUUACGGAAUUGUAUUAAUCUGGUUACAUUUCUGUUUCUUUCCGGUGUAUAUACAUUUCUGUUCGUAUCUGAAUUUUGUCAUGUAAAUCCUGUAGACAGUAAUGCAGGGGGAAUGUUGUUUCUAUCUAAAAAAGCUGUGGUAGUAGUUAGCCGAUCUUUGUUUCCUUCUGCAGGAAAGUGAAAAGAACGUCAGGAUUGCAAAUUUUGACUGAUCACAUAAAUAUAAAUACUCUUCCUUAAUAAUGGCCUAAAUGGCUUAGAUAACCCUCGAAAGUUGUACAAGGAUGGAAAAAAGGUUUAUUUAAAAUUUAAAUGGGUAAUUUCAAACAUAGCCUUGGAUAUUGGCAAGUAGAACUUCCUAUGCUUCUUUUCACCUUUCCAACUUUUGUACGCAGUAACUUAGGAUGCUCUCUUGGUUAAUCCUAAUCUGGAACAAUUGUGAGCCUUCUUUCGGUGGGAAACCUCAUCCUUCAAAAAGAAGAAAGAAUGAGCAAAAUCUACAGACAAUAGUACGACUACUUGUGGUUAAAAUCAUGCAAAAUUCUCCUGUCCUACACAAGUGCUUGGUCUGCAGAACUACAUUGGGUUCUGGGAUUAUCUGGUCCCAAUCCAAUCCAUAUUUUGUUUUGAUAGUUGAACUCUUUUUAGCUGAGAUAUCUACCCCGUGGAUAAUCUUUAUAGAAACAUUGUUGACGGAUAUAUAUCCUUAGUUCAAAAUACUGAAUAUUUGAUGGCCGGAGUUUAAACUUUUUGAACUUUAUAUUUAUAUAAUAAUCAAAUGAUAUAUGGUGGAACAAGACCUGAUCGUUUUCAGUGCAACGAAAAACACAUACCAUGGAGUACAUUGAAGAAUUAAAUUUGAAUUCUAUGAUGAAAAACUCAAUAAAGUGUACAUCAAGGAAUUGCAGCUUUUGCGAGAGGCCCUAUUAAUUUUGAUUUUCAUGUGAUGCCGCAGAAAGCUAUUGUCAGAGGGAAAGUCCAUCCGAAACUUGGUUCUUGGUUUAGUAUGAUUUGAUGUAUUACAUGCUGUGAAUAAUGUAGUUUUGCAUCAAUGUGUUAUAAGUUGUUUCUGAACAUUUUCGUGUGUAAUAUUCUUCUGGCCAUGUUUUCAGGCGCCUCUUAAGGUUUCCUCGCUUCCAGAGAAAAUUAUACUCAUUUCAGCCGGCUAUCAUCAUUCUGCUGCUGUCACAGGUGCACGAUCUUGUCUACUGGGGAAUACUGGAAUAUUACAUUAUAUUCCUGUCCGAGAAGUAUUGCCUUUGACAGUGUGGAUCAACCAUUUACUUGGGAUAGACUAUGAUGAUAGGAAGUAUACCAUUUCAAGGACACUAACCUCAUGAACGGUUACAUUCUGAGCUUGAAGGAUGAUCUCUAGUUAAGAUUAAUGUGCCUGGAACAAAGCUUCAUCUUCAAGGCAUAGUAUUUUAGAGCUCGCAUGAUGGAAGGAUGUAAAAGAAAAAUGCUUCUGUUGUGAAAUCAGCUUUUGGAAAAAUAUUACAGUGUCAUUAUAUGCUAUUGAGAGGAUGGCCAGGGAAAAAAAUAAAGAGUAAAAGGGAUACAGGGAAAUGAGUUAUUUGUUGAUGCAGAGGAAAGGAAGAGGUUUAGUCCUCUUUAUAUAUCUGUAAAAACUGCCUUCAGUAGCAGGGGAGAUUAGAGUGACAUUAACACAGUAUAUUGCCAUAGAAAUUGCCAUCUUUCAGAAAUGCUUCAAUGAAGCCCAAGAAAACUAGAGGCCUGCUUUUCCUAUUACUUUAAUUUCGGAUGUCAUCAUUUGAUCAAAACAGAAAUUGAAACAAUAUCAGUUAAGAGUAAUGAUAGCAAGUUCGUUACUAAUAAGCAAGAGAUGUUAAUGAAAGUGAGAGUAAAACUAUGUCUCCUAUAUAGUAAGUAAUCAUAGGGAAAGUAAGAAGGUGGAGAGAAAUGUGCUAGAAAGUGAGGAAGAGAGACAGAAGGGAGCUGGGGAGAGGUUUCAGACAUUAUCAGGAGAGGAGCCUGGCAGAAGUAGACAUAAAAGAUUAAUAAAGGGAGCACUGGAUGAAUAGAAGGGGAGCUUGGAAAAAGUAUGUAAAGGAUGUUUAAGGGAAGGAGGUCACAGAAUUGUCACAGAAAAUUCCAUCUUUCAUGUGUUAAAUAUAACUUCAUUAUGAAUGCUUUCGAUGCAUUGAGAAAAUCUUACUUCAAUGUUAUUCUGUUCUUUUUGGGGAGCGUUGUAGAUUGUCUAAUUUUUCAUAAGAAAUGCUAUGGAAGUGGUAUAAAGGUUUAUUCUGUUCUAAAUAGUAAAUAAAAUUUGGACUUUUUGUCAUCUUUCCUUUGUAAUCCCUCGUUUCAUUGGAAAGUUUUUGCCAAGUAGAUCAGUUUCCUUCAUUGUACGUCUGUUAAAGUCAUUUUUUUAAUCUCAGAAAAUGGUGAGCUAUAUGUGUGGGGAAAUAACUCAAGUGGUCAGCUUGGCCUCGGAAAAAGUAAGUGAUUAAGAACUCUUAUAGACCUGGUAUCAUUUAUGACUAGUUUUUUUCAGAAAGCUUAUGGGUCAUCAGGUUAAUAUGUCUAUGCUGUAAAGCUUCUAUAUUGUGUAGGAAAAACUACUGAGCUUCUUUCUAGAUAAGUUUCUUUCUUAAUGACUUUUACUCUGUACUUGAUAUAUAGGAUUUAUUGUUUAUUUUUCUACUGCAUUUUCAUGUCCUCACUUGCUUCGUAACAUCUUGUUUCAUAUGAAUAUAAUUAGACAUCAUGGCGUUUUCUUUUCCUUUUGAUGUAAAUUACUUAUGAUAAUAGUUAAACUUGUUAAGGCUCCUUUACUCUUAUUUAUGGGCUUUUUUAGUUUUGUUGUUUUUCUUUCUCCAAGGGUAUGCUUCAUUUCUUAGAUCUUGGCGGUUAGUCUUUGAUAUUUAUUUAGUGUUUUCAAGAUACUUAGUUUCAAUUUCUAAAUAUUAUCAUUUUAAAAUAAUGUCACAACUGUUGUUCUCUUUUCGUUGGAUUAUAUUUUCUGUGGAUAGUUUGGUAUGAUUAUUUCAUAAGGAUAAAAAUCGUGAUGGAAUCUAGUAUUAUGAGGUUCUGUGUAUACAUAGGUCAAGAUGAUAAAAGACUAUUGACCGUCGGAGUGCUAUUUCGACCCUAGAAUCCAAUCCACUUUAAACUACUGUCAACCCGGAUGAUCUUUCUAACGUCCAGUUAUUUCUUCCACUCAAAAUGAUCCACAAUGUUUCGUGCUGGAUCAGCCACCAAACCUUCUUAUUGCGUCUUCCUUUUUCACCUUAGAAUGAGCAUCUCCAAACUGUCUUAUGUGCGUACUCAGAUGUAUUCAUUUUGGAAGACCUUCACCUAAAUAGUUUGAAUGGAUUAGUAAGUCUUAUUUGACCCUUUGUCAACUCGUCUUCAUGAAAAGGCACUCAAACUUGCCCAAACACUUAAAAGUCGGAAGUCUUGAUUGAAUUAUCCUCCAUAUUGAGAUAUGCAAAUUUAUUGGAAAAGAACGGUGCCACAAUUUUUACAUUAGGGUAAGCUGAUAGGAGAUGUCACUGAGCCCAUUCUUUUCCACAUGUAGUAAACUUAUUAUUCGGUGGACCUUACAUGCUAUAUUCCUGGUUUAUCCAUGUUCCAAUCCUCCUGGUUUAUCCAUGUUCCAAUCCUCCAGAUUUUUCCUGAAUUGAGCCCCAGCCAUAUCGCUUUUGUCUAUCUUCCUGUCUGCUAAUGCUAAUACUUCUUGGGAAUGACAAUAAGGCCAAACAUCAUCAUUAAGGCAAAAGUGUUAGCCAUACUUUCCCAAAGAAAAUAGUGAUAUGAUCAUACCAUAAAUGUGUAUAUCAAAGUGUCUGAUGAUUCCCAAUCUCUGACUUGUUGCGAACUGUGUUUGAAUCUAGACUGAAACAAUGAGACUGGGGCUGAUGGAUUGCCAAACUUCAGAGCCCAGCCAAUGGAAAGAUUUAUAUCGCUUCCCUAUCAGUCAACAGUGCAAAUCCCGCCAAUGUGAUACCAAAUCAUAUCCAUACCAUUCAUCUAUUUGAAGAUUGAUGUUUAAUCAAUAAAUGUUUGUGGUGAUUUUUCUGUAAUUGUUUAUGAUGAUUGUUCUUGUUGUUGCAAAUUGAAAACAUGUGCCCUGUGUUGUCAAGUAAGUGACCCACAAAAAUAUUCUUCUUGUGUUGAAAUUGCCAGAGCCGCCCAAUGAAACAAGAAUAUCAAACAAUAUUUUCUGCUUGCAAUCUGGUCUACCGGAAAGCAUGCUUCUUAUCUCUGUUUCUGAGAUGGUCAAUGUAUAUCUUUGCAUCCUCAUUUGUUCUGAGCAAUAUUGCCUUCAAAACUAAAUCCAUUUGUCAGAAUUGAUUAACCGAAUAGGCAAUGCUGCGAUACAGUUGAAAGUAUAUGUAGAAUUCUAUUUUUCUAUUUUAUUUCUGAUGUAAGUUUCUAGAAAUUUUAUUUGUGUCAAUGCUCUCUGAAACGCAGGGGCUGAAAGCAUUGUUUCUGUUCCCACUAGACUUGACUGCUUGGCUGGAGUGUGUGUUAAAAAUGUAGCAUUGGGUUCUGAGCAUUCGAUUGCUGUUACAGGUUAUGUUUGGAAGCUUAUAACAGAGUGCUUUCUCUUGCAGAUCAUUCUUAGGGAACUCUCCGGACUGAUUACAAUCCUUUUUUGCAUCCAGAUGAUGGUAAUGUCUUGAGCUGGGGAGCAGGCGGCUUUGGAAGACUUGGUCAUGGAGUUCGAUCUGGCAUACUUGGAUUUUCAGGGAGUUCAAGGUUUGAAUAAAUAUUAGUUAGGAAGCCAUAUGUAUUAUAACAUCCUCUUAAUCUUCUGUUCCCAUGGAAAGUUGUUUUGUAUCUUCUAACAUUCUAAUCGGAUCCGCUUGAACGGAUUUCUAACAUUGACUGCAAUGGGUACCUUCUGAAUGGGUCCUUUUUUUUCUUAAAAUGGAAUAUCUUGUUUUCCUAAUAUCUUUGAAUAAAUGUUUCCUAUUUGAAUAAAAUGUGGUCAACUUUUUGCAUUCGACAUCUGACCCAGUAACAUUGUACGUGUAUUCUAAUUUCAUUUCUGUGCCUUUAAGGACACCAGGGAAUGAUUGCACGUCCUGUCACUAUCCAGGACCUACUGUCUGAAUUCUUGUGCUCUUAGCUGCAUUCGUUUACUACUCUCCAGCAGGAAAUAAUGAUACUGCCUCCAGUUGACUGGUAAUCUCCUUAGAGGGAUAUCACACCCUGGACAAAUUAGAAAAAUUAGAAUGAAAAAAGUAUGUAAUUAAAUAGAGGAUCAGAUCUUCCAUCCAAGGAGGAUGGCCCCGGCCAAUCUCAGUUGAUACCUGGUUGAUUUUGGAUGGAAUGACGAGAAGAAGAAGCAAAAACUUUGAAAAUCCUAAAAGAUACAAUAACUAAGAAAAAAAAGGAAAACUGUGAAAAUUAUUAAAUUCACAAAAUUGAGAAGAAAAUUAUCAUAUGUGUUUUUCUGAAGUGCAUUCACGUGUCGAUAUUUGGAAAUGUGCAAUGUCUGAAGUAUUUAUGAAGUAUUAGAUCAUAAUCAGUUACUUUGUCCAGUGUUUACUUAAUGGGACUUUCAAUUAUAGGAGCAAAUCAGAUCAAAGUGUAUCUGUAAUUUUUUUAUCAGAGCCCAUCUCAAUCACUCCAAGAUUGGUAGUAUCUGUGUUGCAUAUUUUGAAACAUUUGCAUUUAGAUAAGGAUGUGGAUUCUGAGUAAAGUUUGCCCUUUUUUCGAUUUUCGAAUGUGUUCUAACAUUAAUUUUUUUUGAGAGUUCAACAUUCAUGAUUGUGAGGUGGAAUUAUCUAAAUUCUGAAUGAUGAGUUUUUAAGUUGAAUAAAUGAAACUUGGUUGAAUUCCAAAACUCAGCUAAUGAAUUCAAAACUAGACCCUAUUUAACUUCAACUUUGAAUACUUAAGUAGGCUCAUGUAUCCAUGUUUUGAUCUACUGAUUAAUGAUUCUAUUAGCCUUAGGAGAUAAAUUCUAGUAAGUCAAUAAGUUGUUUCACAAUUUAGUGAUUCUGUGGAACUGCAAUCGAUCCUGUGUUACAAUCAAGCUAUGAUUCCAAGAAUGGUAGUUGGGUCCAACCACAAACCUACUCCACUCUCAUUCGGUUAUCCUUAGCCUCUUACAAUUUUACUUCCGAAAGGUCUUGACCAAAACCCAUACAUGAAAACAAAACAUUGUUAAAUAGUAGUUUUGCUCAAACCAACACAAUAAUUAAUGAAUAAUCGGCGAAUUCAGUAGUAUGGAAUCUGCUUUGAAGGGUCAUUUAACACUUGAGAAGAACACUUGGGCAGAUAUGAGCUUUGGAGAAGAUGAGAUCUUAUGUCUUCAACUGUUGGAUUCAUGGAAGGGUCAUUAAUUCCUCAUUAAUGAACCUCUAAGUUUCAAAUGUAAAUAGUAGUAUCAUAAUUUUCUAGCAUUAUCUAUGUGUUUUAAUUAUUGUUGUUAACCUUUUUAUUUUCUUUAUUGGUGUUGACCUUUCGAUUGCAAGUAUUAACUUCUGUGGUUUGGCCUCCUACUUUGCCAACAGUGUUCAAUAUGUUCCGAAUGUCUUGUAUGAUACGUUUGAGAAAUCAACUCCUAAUAUAAUCAGCCCCGUUUUUUUGUAAUUUCUCCUUGUAAAAUCUUUCACAAAGUUAGUGUAAUAAUUUGAGUUUUUUGGAUCAUCAAAGUCAAUGAGUCAAACUUACUGCUUCGAUGCUUCAAAUGACUCUCCUAGUGAACAUUUAUUGAACUCUUUUCAAUAAUUAUGUAAUUCAAUCGAGUUGAAAUUAUCUGUUUGAUUGAGCCAGGAAGGAGAUUGGUUCAUGGCAAUGAACUUAUUCGGGUUUCUAUUUUAAUGGAGACUCUUCUGUGGCCUAGUCUGUUGCUCUUACCUCAGAAGGAAGGAGCUUGGUUCAAGUGUUUAUUGUAAACUUAAUCGAGUGCCAUGAGUAGUCUUAUUUCCUCUCACGAUUAACUGUCUGAUACGUUAAACGUCCUAGGAUUUUAAGUCAAUGAAACUCACUUUGUUGAACAAGAAAAUUGGAUUUUCUUACUAAAUAAAUGAGUUGCGAAAAUCUUCUCGUGACGUAGAUUCUGUUUCAGAUCCUGUUUUUUGUGUGGUUGUUAGUUCUUUCAUGCUUCUUACAUAUUUGUACGAAAUACAUACCCAGCAACCUUUUUGAGUGUACAUCUCCCCACUGUUUAUGUAGCAUGGUCUAGAGACUUGUUCAAUUUCAAAAAAAUGGUUUGAUUAAAAAAUACGAUGUUGUUUGGGCCAUGAUCUUCUGAAUGUCAAUCUUCCAAAUUUCUCGUUUUGUAAUCUUGUCAAUGGAACAUUUUCUGUGGUUCAUAGAGAGGGACAAUCCUUCACACAAAACAUACUGAGAAAACUUGCACAUGAUUAUAUCUUGAAUCUGGCUGGUGAGUUCUAAUCCAGAUCCAGGUCAGAUCAAUGAAAUCGGUCAGUUCUGGGACGCUGUAAGCUUAAAAUAAGGUGGCAUGAUGCUGGCGUGAUUAUCUUGUUUUUUUGUUUUCUUUGUAAUUUUUUGAUUUCUUCAUUCAAUUUGACAGUUGAAUCCACCUAGAAUUAUUUUUUACGAAUAACAUUAUUCUUACUACACAGAAUGAUAGCCAAAGAUCCAUUUAUGCAGUGAAUAUAUCCCAAGGUUGAUCAAGAAUUUUGAAGAGGUGAAGGUAAAUAGCACUAAAUAUAUCUUAUUUUUCAUGUACAGGCCUUUGUGCCAGAGUUACAUGUUUAUGCUAAGAUAUGAUCAUUUUUAUUUUCAGGUACGAAAGAUUGCUGCUGGUUUAUUGCAUUCAGCCUUCAUCGAUGGUAAAGCUGAAGAAAUUUUAUUUAACAAUCUGGUGAAUGUUGCCUGUUUUUCUAUUUCUUCUUAGUUCUUUCUUUGGUUGUUUUUGUACUCCUGUCAGAACACGGUUCUGUUUUCAUAUUUGGCGAGAAGACAACAAGUAAAUUGGUAAAUGGAGAAGCGUGGUCAUUUGAUCGUCUGAUUUUCACUCUAUAUCGCAUCUUUGUUUUUUAACUGUCAUUUUGGGUGUGUGAAGCUGCAGAGCUUUAGGGGGGCAAAAAAUCCAUCAUCACCGUCUGUUAUUCAUGAACUCCCUUUCUCAGAAGAAGUUGCGUGUGGAGGUUAUCACACCUGCGUUAUAACAAGUAAUCUAUUGAUUUUCGUUGUUUUUGAAUAAAGUGAAUAUUUAUCAUAGCACAUUGAUUUCCAAAGAUUAUUCUUUCUUUAGAAAGCUUUUCUAGGUUUUAGGUGGGAGUCCCCUUCUAUCGAAUAGAGUUAGCUGUCACUGUUGUCUACACAUAUGGUCUAGAACCUACAAUCCACUUACAUUGCGUAGUGCUCCAGGUCACUAUUUGUAGAAAACACAUUUGCAGGAAUGGUAGACGGGUUUAAUACAGCAUAUCCUGUAACUAGAUUAAAUUCCAUAAUUGCUUUCAUGCAGGAGAUGGACAGCUAUAUACAUGGGGUUCGAAUGAAAAUGGCUGUCUUGGCCUUGGGUAUGCAUUUUAAUAAUUAAUUGGAUUUUGUGCUAGGGUCGUUAAUUUCUUUCAGUAUUAAUGCAGAUUGUUUUUCUGAGUUUUUGUGAUUUUUAUUGCAAUCUUAGAUUCACCAAUGUAGUAGGGACUCCACACAGAGUCGAGAGCUCUUCCAUGAAGUUUCCUGUUUCAGAGGUCAGCUUUACUUGCUCACUUUUAGAGCCAUUAACACAUCUUAUCUUAAAACAUAAUUUAUAGCUUUAUGUGUGAAUCCUCCAGGUUUCUUGUGGCUGGAAGCAUACUGCUGCAAUUUCAGGUGAGGAAAUUGGUUUGGUAAUUCUGUGUCAGAAAGUGAUCUUUUUCAUGCAUUUUAGUGAAAAAUAUCGUGUAUUUAUUUUUCACGCCUUAUAUUUUUGGUGGGAAGUAUUUUAUUCCAUUUUCAGAGCAAAGAUGGAAAAUCUUUUAGGGAAAGUACCAAUUAUCAUAUCACUAUAUAGGGCGUUGUUUUUUGAAACUUGGUAGUGCCACGUAGUCUUGUAGUAAUAAAUAAGAGAGUACGAACAGGUAUGUGACAUAUUUUUCUGUGCAUAAGUUAUAGCAUACAAAAGUAAUUCCGACAUUUAAAGGCUUGGCAAUUGGGAGGGUUUCCCUCUAAAACUAUUUUUCUCUGUCUAAUUUGGCGAGAGCAUUGGACGAUGGACAAUACAGUGUUCUUUGCCCAUACUGUGGAAAAAUGGAUUUUGCAUGAGAAAUGGUAGAAGAUUUUCCCUUGGUCUCUAUUGAUUGAGAGAGUUCAGAUUUCUACAAAGAUCCUUCUCACAAGCAGAUGAUUUUACUGUUUCAGUUAUGCAUUAGAGAAACUUAUGGCAUAUUUUCUCAUGAGAAUAUAUCCCUUUGUGAAAUAGUGAUACCCAAUUUCUGAUAUCGAUAAACGUUUUAUUCACUGAAGUAUUAAAAUCAGUUUUCCUCCAGUAUAGUAGGUUAAUAACACCUCUACAAUUUCUAAUGCACUAUACUCGACAAGAUCUGCUGAAGGGUACCAAUCUUGUCCAUGGUCUCUAAAUCAAAUAAACUGCGGAAUUAGAAGGGUCCAUUCCAAUCCAUUUAAGGAUCCCAUUGCCCAAAGCAGCAAUUCCAGGGACAAUGUCAGAUUGGUUAAAAAAGAUAUAACUUUAGAAUUUGACCGAUGCUUGACAAAUGGAGAACAAUGAGCAGUGUUAGUGAACAAAAUGUUUUUAUUUCUUUUUCUGUUGCCCUCCUCUUUUCAUCCUUGUAAAAGUUUCUGUUGCUGUUCCCUACUCUUUAUCCUGUAGAAGGUAUAAAAACCCUAGUCGUCUCAUGAAUCUUCUGUUUUUCUUUGUUAAUUUCGAGGGGGAUUGAUUACUGCCUCGAAAUUUGAUCAACUGAGUCUUCACCUCACCAUGCUCCUGCACGCUUUAUUCCAAUUGACGUGUCGGGGAGCUUUAAUGGUCCUCCCUCCUCAUUACAGUGAAAAAUUCUCCUGGUCAGUGGUUUUAAUCAGACGGAAUUGUGGUUCAGAGAGGACGACAUACUGAGUUUUAAACUGCAUUGGAAUUGACCAGGUUGCCUUCUUGGUUGUUUGAUUGCAGAAAUGGGGAUUUAGAUUGCAUGGAAGAGGGUGGAUCCUUGUUAAAUAAAUCAUCUCGCGUCUAAAUUGAGUUGAUCUUUGCACAUUGGAGUGGCAAUAUAUUAGAAAAGAAAAUUCUGAUGGAAGGGAAGUUGUUUGUGUUUGCAUGACUAUUUCUGCCAUCAAGUUAGAAUAGAGUUUAUUUGAACCAGAGCUUCAAGUACUAAGACUGCAUCAAAAGCAUUCAUGGAGAUGAAAUGAAAACAUUAGAAGCUCCUAUUCUUCUGUCCAAGUACCUUGAAAGUCUCUUGUGAUGCUUUAGCGUAGGUAUAGCUAGAGCUUUAGUCAAGAAUAUGUCGUGGCCUCUUUUGGUGAGAAUUUGAAGCCAAGCAAUAGUAUUCCACGUGUGGCAAGGUCCUUUUUGUUUGUAAUACAAUCUUGAUGGUAUUGAUGCCUUUAUUUAUCACCCCAAUUUUUCUUUUCUUACAGUGAUGAUUGUGGACAUAGAGUAACUGAACCAUUGAAAGAAAUUGGGACUUAAUGUUGUUGACUGGGUUGAGUUUGUCUUUGAGUGCACUUUAUUCUUAUACACGAAUAGAGCAUGAAAAGCUAAAAUGUUACUGCAUUUAGUCAUUUCAUUUUCCUUUUGCACGCAUAGAAUAUUAAAGUUAUGUUUUUAAGACUAUAUCAGAGCAAUCCAUAAAUUAGUCAGUACGUCAAUACUAGCAGUCUUCAUGAUAGAUUCUCUUAGACAACUAUUGGUACUCUUUACAUUUACACAAUGGGUGCGCUUUCUGUGUCUAUUCUUUCUACUAAGAAAGUUGAACAAUUCGUAUAGUUUCCAUCAAAGAAGGUACUGUCCAGAAUAUUAGGUGGAAAACACUGUUUUUUAUUAACAAUUUUCGUCUUGGAACUAAUAAUCAAUCGGAAAUUGUUUACUGGAGUUCCAGGGAUUUAGUUUUCUAUGUUGUGUGUGACCACUCUGUCUGUUUGAUUCUGUGCUCACUCUUUUUUCCUUGAAAACAUCAGAACUUUGAACUCUUGCUUCAAUCCCCUAUCUCAUGACUCGAUCUUCUAUUCCUUGCUUCACUCCCUUUUUGGUUUGAUUUCAUCAUCCUUGGCGUCAGGAACACAGCCGUCAUUCAGACCAGCAGCAAGAAUGAGAAAUUUAGGCAUUGUAUGCACACCAUGAUUUAACCACUCCAAUCUUCUACCAUGAUUCAGACUCGAUCUUCUGUUCAUUGCUUCACUCCGGUAGCUUGCCCAUAAGUCCCAAGAUUUAACCACCUGUCGUCAACACCCCUCCCUGUCAAUCACUCCUGGAAUAGUGUAACCUGCAACAACACUAUGGAUCGGUUUCAUUUUUCAUGUUUGCUUUACUUUUCUCUCUUAAAUUCUCAUCUGAAUACCCAUCUAUUACAACCCGACUUAAUCUCGUUUAUCACAAACACUAACCAUACUUAUUAGACCUAGUGUCUAUUUCAACGAAGAAAGUUUAGCUGGGUGGAGUCAUGUAUUUGCCAUGGGUCUUGGGGCUGAAAGGCUGAACACAAAGAGGCUUGGAUGAAGCUUAGGAAGGUUCAAGGAUAAUUUUGAACUGUUGAUAAACAAUGGUGAUGCAUGCAAUGAAUUCUGCUUAGCCUCAUUGAGCAUAUGCCUAAUCCAUGGUUUGUGCUACCAGGGAAUGUCUCAGACUUGUAUAGUAUCCUUUCGAAGUAUUGAGUUUCGGAUGAUAAGGCACAUAUGUUUACUUAUAUCAAUCAUUUCUUCUUAGUUCUCUUGAUAAAAAAAACAUUAUUUGCUACUGAUCUCUUUUUUACCCUAUUAAUUUUCAGUUUUGUUGAUACGCCUGCAGGUGGCAAUCUUUUUACAUGGGGCUGGGGAGGGGCAAACGGGACAUUCUUUGAAGAUGGGCUCUCUUCUGGAGGACAACUGGUUCGUUCAAAUCAACUCUACUGAAAUCCACUAUUGAGUUUUAUGGUUACUUUUAUCAAAUACAGGUAUCCGUGUAAUCAUUAAUUUCACUUCUGUGAGGGCCAACUGUUUUCGUUACUGUUUGGCAGAUGGGUUUUUGUAUGUUUUCUUGAUCAGGGUUUUGUGGAAGUAGAUUAUUCUGCUGAAAUAUGAGGCACAAUAAUUUGGUUUUGGCAUGGAUAAAUAAAACCUCCUUCCCUGUGUAACCUUGCCCAGGAAAUAAUUUUAAAUUAAAAGCUUACGAAGUUCGUUUUGAUUGAAAAGUGUAUGAUGACGAAAAACAGGAGAUUUCAGUGAUUCUUUCAUUUUCAGGGGAAAAUGUAUUGAAGAAAUGUAGAAAAGUAACAGUAUUUGAAAUUAAACUGGAGCAUGGAUAGAUGUACCGACCAUGCACUUUAGUGAAGUUGGAGAUACUGAAAAUCAGAUGAGAGGAUCCACACUUUGACAACUUCUAUGCAGAAUCUAUCACCACAUUUGUGACUUUUCGUCCCUUUGAAGAGAUUGAAUGGACUAGAAGUAUAAAAUUAGUUGAACCAGGCUACUUUGUUGACGCCGGAAACUCUCCUAGUUCUUAGUUUAGAGGAAGCAGAUUGUUUUCAGAGAAGAAAGUCUGUUCAGAAGUGCCCAUGCAAUUCCCAUGCUCGUCAAAUAGCUAGGAGCAAAAUUUUUCAGCAGUGAUCAUUGCUGCUGCUUCCUUUUUCUUUUUUUAGAUAAAUGUGAUUUCAUCUUGCUUUAUUUGCCAUAGUAAAAGAAAAUGUUUUUCACGCCAUCAAAUGUUAUUGCUGUCUGCAGGUGAACAAUGAUCACGAUGCUUAUAUUCAAGAAAUGCAUGGUACAAAAAUGCAUGAUCAUGAUGCACUCAUUAUCCAAUGGAUACUUGAGAUGGCAAACUAACUAUGACUAUGCAAUAGCAAGCCUGAUUCUCUCGAUUCCAACAUAAUAACUAUGAUAACUUAAAAAUUUGAACUCCAAGAGUAUACAUUACUUUCAUCGGAUAUGAAUAAAUUUGAAAGAGCCUGUUUCAUUAGUCUCUAUAGAUGACUAACUCUCAAUCCUGAUUUGUGAAAUGUUAGUGUGAUGACUCGUUUUUUUUUUCUACAUUUUAACAGCAGUAGCAUCUCCAUUUCUUUGUUGCUAUGUGAUUAAAUUGUUGAACCCUCUUGAGUGUUCAUAAAUUAUGGCCAUUAAUCCAACAGGGACAUGGCAAUGAUUUGGACUUGUGUGAGCCAAUGGUGGUCAAUUUUGGCGAGAAUGUGAGAGCAGUGCGUGUGUCUUGCGGAUUCAAUCACACAGCUGCCAUAUUUGAGUAUAUAUGA